AUUUUCUUUCUUCCCCAAAAUUUUUUCCCCCCAUCUUUCCCUCCCUCUCUUCAUCUCCUCCCUCAACCCCACCGACCGCGACCCACAAGCCCACCACCGUCGACAACCAGCUACCACCGCCACCGGUACGUCCAGCUCCAUCUCUGGAUCUCCGGCCAAAAGGUACCAUGCGUUCUCCAUCUCUGGUUCCGCUCCGACGAAUCCGACUACCCAACCACCAUACCGCCACGAGCAGGCCCAAUCGAACCGCCACCGCCAACGAGCCCAUCCACCGUAAGUUGGUUUUGGGUGAGAUUUGGCUUCACAACCGCAACGACAUCAAUCGGAUUCUGGGUCCCAAAGCUUCUUGCAUUUCAUUCAAGGACUCUGCCUGUCGGUGCUUCGGCUUCCUGGUUUCCAAGAAUUAUAUUUUCACUAUUGACGAUGACUGCUUCACUUGUGAAGGAACGCAACAAUACGCAUUGGACAGUAAUGAAGCUUCGUUGCCUUUCAUAACUAAUAUUCAGCAUGACAAUGUAAUCGGAACUCAAAAUGGUGUAAUUACUCAGGGAUCUCAAAUCCUGCAGAAUCAUGUUGUGCCCCCUUUUUCCAACAAAAGUUGAAUUUCUAGUUCUCACUUUUGACUUCCAGAGAAGACGCACAGGACACUAAGGGAUCUCAAGAUGGUGUAAUUACUUUUGUUGUUGACAUGUGCAGAGGGCAUUCCGUUUGUUAUAUCUGUGUGGAGGGCAUUGUGUUUGACAGUAUUUUGUAUAGUUCUUUUGCUUGUUUGACAGUAUCAUGGAGCAUCACGAUUUUGUCAUUGCUUUCUAUAAUGUUGAGCAAUUUCUUUACCAUUUCUUUGGUUAUUUGUAAACAAAGUUUUGUCAUUUGAGAAAUCUUGACCGAGUUAAAAUACUAGUCAAAUGGAACUUU